AUGUUUGGCAACAGAUGGACAGAGAUUGCAAAGGUUGUAUCAGGAAGAACAGAUAACGCUGUAAAGAACCGCUUCUCCACCCUCUGCAAGAAAAGGGCAAAAUUUGAGGCUUCAUCCAAGGAGAAUAGUGUUCCAUCUUUGGACCCAAGCAAUAAGAGGGUUCUUGUUGAAGAACCAUCUAUAGCAAUACUAAUAGGGGAACCAUCGACAUCAAAUAAGCAGAUGGGGUAUCACAUCUCUCCUCUCAAAGAGACAAUUGAAGCACAUAGGAGAUCUCUUGGGGAACAUGGUCCAGCUCAACAUCUGCAAAGGCCACCUCUAUUAGAAGUUCAAAACUUUGACACAGUUAAUCAGUCAUCAGAUUUGAUGAUGCCUUCUGCUUCCCCCUAA